GAAUGAAUGUUUUAAGGCCCCCUUUUAAUCUGAUCAGGCGAUUAAUUGAUUAAUUAUGGCGCAGUUGCAGACCAAAGCAAACAGUUCCGGUCACCUUUCACUGACUCAAAUAUGAGAAAAUGACCUCAAGACAGAUUAAAUAACUUGGACAAAGAAAGCAAAUUUGGCAAAGCAAAAAAAAAAUGAACCAAAGAUUGUUUAUGAGAUAGAUAACCCAGUGUGGGGGACAACAAAAGAUGCCAGAUUGCACCAUGGACUAAAAUAGUAUGUUUAUUUUGAUGACAUCAUGCACAGCCUGGAAGAGAAAAUAUCCGUUAUCCUGAGCCAGAAUGGAUCAUUUUGCUUGGAAUGCGAUGUUGUCCUCUCAGCCAAUAGAGUCUGAGAAGGGAAGCAGGUGGGAGUGAGGGGGAUGGUGGGGACCAACAUGGAGGGGAGGGACAGCGGAGAUAGAGGAAAUUUGGCCGGGAAUGAGCGGGAAGGAAUAGCAGAGGCAAAGCUGGAGUGGACAAGUUGUCUAUGCACACACACGAACGGUUGGGUGUGAUAGCGGUCUCAAGCCGCCACCAUCCAAUACUUAGAAGUUUACAUUUUGAGCUUUCUUCUGUUUCUGACCUGGAAAUAUAGCCAAAAGGAUUCGACCAACUCAGCUACGAAAUAUUUUUACCUCCGAUUUUGCAGGCGUGUGAGCCUUUCGCCACCCAAAAUAGGAUCGCUCACCACUUGUGUGACCAAAAAAGGGCUUCCCGUCUGCUGCCAGGAGAGCUCCACCCAGACUUGGGAGAGCUGUUCCUUGAAGAACCUCAUCAUGUCCCGUGACCCCGUAGCGGAGCACCAUCAUCACCUGUGAAGAUCGCGCCGAGUUCCAAAUCCUGAGAAUGAUGCGGUUUCAGCCUCCUUGGCCCUUCUUUGCCGGAUUGCUUCUGGUCACCUGCUGGGCGCCACCGGGGGUCCGCUGCCAGAAUGACACGGAGCCUAUCGUGUUGGAGGGCAAAUGUUUGGUGGUGUGUGACUCCACCCCCUCUGCCGAGCCAUCGGGAAAUGCCCUGGGCAUGUCGGUGAGGUCGGGGACGGGCAGGGUGGCGUUCUCCGCCAUCCGCAAUACCAACCACGAGCCCUCGGAGAUGAGCAACCACACGAUGACCAUCUACUUCGACCAGAUUUUGGUGAACGUCGGUAGCCAUUAUGAUCCCCCCAGGAGUCUCUUUGUGGCUCCAAGAAAGGGAGUCUACAGUUUCAGCUUUCAUGUGGUCAAAGUUUACAACAGGCAGACAAUACAGGUGAGUUUGGUUGUCAACGGUUGGCCGGUGAUUUCAGCCUUCGCCGGUGACCAGGAUGUGACCAGGGAAGCUGCCACGAAUGCUGGCCUGGUGAUGAUGGAAAGGGGGGACAAAGCGUAUCUCAAACUCGAGAGGGGCAACCUGAUGGGAGGGUGGAAGUAUUCCACUUUCUCCGGAUUUCUGGUCUUCCCCUUGUAGGACUGUGGCGAGGUGAAGGUUUGUGGAGGGAUCAAGUCUUUGUCAUCGCUAAGAAUCAUGUUCACCAAGGAAAGACUUCGCAGGCCCCAACAUCAUCCUGACUUUUCCUUUUCCUCUGCACUAUUAUGGCUCACUCAAGAUUGUAGCCCUAAUGUAUUGGCUUGCUCGCAACACGGGGCUUGGUAUUUUCUCAAAUGCAUGAAACUAUUUGUCUGUGGGUUUUUUUUCCUUUAUUUUGUUUGAUUUUGCUCGCUUUCUGAUCAAUCUGUCUUGACUUUGUCGUGUAGCUCAAGCUACGAGUGAAAAUUUCUGUUGAGCUAGCUUGCUGGAGCGUUCAAGUUAGCUAGCUGUUGUAUAUUCAUGUCUUGCCAUCUCUACUCAUUUUCAAUAUACUGUAUCACACAGUGAAUGUGUUUGUGGAAUUAGGCAGAUAAAUUUUAGCUGGUAAAAAGCA